CACAUCUUUUUGCUCUUCUCUUUAAAGCAAACUACAAAUCUGAACCUUCCCCCUGAAGACCUUGAUUCUUCUGGUGAUGAAGACGAUGCGUUCUCAGGUUCAGGUGCAGGUCCCUUGACUGACCAGUCUCACACCUGGAGAAUCCCAGGAGACUCAACUAAUUCCUCAGUACUGGUAGCACCAGUGGAUUUCAGUGAACAGCCAUUUCCUGGGAUCGAGAGCAGAACUGAAAAGGAAGUAAUAUCUCCUUCUGCAACCAGUAACCUAGUGACAGAGGAACCAGUUGUAGCUGUGAAGGAUGAAGUACCCCUCCUGGGCUCACCUGAUGGGAAACCAACAAGCCACGUAGUCACAACAACAGUGAGAACCCCCACUGCUCACUUCCCUUCUGUGGUUCAUGUGACUCCUUCAGAAGCCUCUGCUGUGGCCCAUGAACCCAAAAUCCCCAGCUCUGAUGUGCCAGACACCAAGGACGUGCCUGAGCCCCACUCUACUGUCCAUCCUGAGGGAGACAGCGCUGCCACCCCCGCGGCCACAGCUCCAAAGGAUGUCGUUCCUACACAUGAGGAGGUUUCUGAAGAUGGCUCUGGAGACCCGGGAGACUUCAUCUUGACUAAAGAAGAGGAUUUUGUCCCCACGCAGAGCUCAGAAGUGCUGCCUGACUCUGAGAGGAAUGCCAAAGCAGCAGGAGCCUCAGGAAUUAUGGACAGAAAAGAAGUUCUUGGAGGUGUAAUUGCUGGAGGACUUGUAGGCUUGGUGUUUGCAGUGUUUCUAGUUGCAUUUAUGCUGUACAGAAUGAAGAAAAAAGAUGAAGGCAGCUAUUCACUGGAUGAACCAAAACAGUCUAACGGAGGAUACCAAAAACCACACAAACAAGAGGAAUUCUAUGCAUAAACACUGAUCUUCAGGACACUUCUUAUUCCAUCUUUCUUGGACUCUUCUCUCCCUGCACGUGGACCUCCUAGUGUGCUUUGCAUUAAACUUAAGCCAUAUGAUCAUUGGGUUAUUUGCCCUUACCACUUUGCCAUUGGAAAUUUUAUAACUACAAAGUAGAUCUGGAUUCAUUGGACAUUCCCUGCUUUCUUGCACAACUUUUUUUUUUUCUUUUUUUUUUUUUUUUCUCUCUCUCUCUCAACAGAAUUGGAACUGCAAGUUCCUAAACUCACUUUGGUUUAUCUAAAGACUGCUGGGGCAGGCGGUGGGGAGAAUAUAAGGGAGCACUGUAUGUAUAAAACUCUGGAUAUUUAGGGAAAGGGCUAGCAAGAAUAACCAAUUGUCAGUGCUCAAAUUCUGUAUAGCAGGGAUCCUUCCUAUUUAACUCAUAGAUGUGUUUUGAGUGUAACAAGUGGCUGUGCUGGACAGACAUUUGGUACUACACUGCUAUCCUCUAGCUCUUUCUGACAGCUGUAUUUGGAGCACUUAAUGCCUAUGAAACAUCAAGAUGAACUUGAUCCCUUGCCAAAAGGAGGUGUGAGGGGCAGGGUAAACAAAUAACUGUCACGUGGUUUAAAAUAACUUGUAUUUUGGAAGCAUUAUCCCAUACUCAGAACCAGCUCCUAAGCAGUUGGUACAUACACUAGUAAAAAACAAACCCCAAGAACCCCAAAAAUAAGCAGAGAGUUAAUUUUACCAAUAGUGUUGGGCUGUCCCACUACCGUCUCUCUUUCUCUCUCUCUCUCUCUCUAUCUCUCUCUCUCUCUCUCUCUUUCUCUCUCUCUCUCUAAAGGCUUAGGUAAGAAGUAGAUUUUCCAAGCAGUCUCAUCUCAGACAUUCCCUUUCCUAGGUGCUGUCCUGCUGUAGAUGGUCUUACCCCGUGCAGUACCAGGUGACCGGGGGAUGUUGUGGCACCUCCGGUCACCGCGGUUGUCUCGGAACGCGCUCUGCCCUCUGUGCCACAAGGUGCCGUGGGGUACCCUGUGGGGCACACAGGGGUGCAGGUGGCAAGCAGCACAUCAUGACUGCAGCUAAGGAGUAGAGAAGCAUCUGAAAUGAGCCUGGGGAAGGCUGAGUGCAAGUGGCCUUAAACAGAUGCAACAGUUGGCGUGCUUGACUCUCGCUACUCCAGAGCGGCUCCUCGGGAGCUGUUCCUGCACUUUGGAGAGAAGCCACUCCAGGGAUGUCAGUCUAGGGCAGAAAAGCACCUCCUGUGCAAAGUCAGGAUGCCUGAAGCGCUGUGUAUGGUCAGUGUGCUGUCAGAUGUCAGGCACUGGGGCCUCACUGGGGGUCUGGGGUUCUCCAGACUGUCUCAAAGCGAGUGAACACGAGUGUGGUGUUCUGUACAAGCCUUACUUCUGCUCUGCCUUUGGGUAGCUUCUUGCCACUUCAGUUCCUCGUCACUCAGUGCAGAAGGUAUGGGGUGGGUGGAGGAGUGUUUACAACCGAUGUAAAUAUUUGUACUGUUGAGCCAGAGGGAAUGAUGGGAGUAUACUGGACAAUAUUGCAACAGUUGGUACAAAUGUUGCACGUUAAAAGACAAACUUAAAAACCUGUGUAAUUUAAAUGAAGUAUAAAACACUCCUGAGCUGCCAUGCAGCUAAAAUUGGUGCCUUCUCUUCAAACACAAGAAAAAAAACCCAAAAUGUCUUGAUUCCAAACUCUUCUUUAUGCACAUGGAGAACUUGUGCAUAUGUGUAGCUGGCUGUUUUUUUAAGUAAAGUUGCAACAACCAUUAUGGUUUUUUUAGGGUUGUUUUGUUUUCAUUUGUUUUUUUUUUGUUUUGUUUUUGUUCUUUUUUUUUUAGAUUUUUUUUUUUAAUGAAUAAUUUUUAUAGGUUAAUGCAAUGACCAGAUGGUGUUAAUUUCAGCUGUAAUUCUUUGCUUUGUAUAGGAAUGUAGAAAUGUUUGAUAGGUCUAUCUAUGAAAAGGUUCUUGUAAAGCACAGAAAGAUAAAGUAGUAAAAUUCAGUUGUACCUCACAACCUUGUUAGGGAGAAAGGAAAAAAACUGUAUAUUUUGGUAGUCUUAACUGACAGUUUGUGAAACAAACAUGACAUUCUGUGUUAUUUAAGUGGUACAAAUGAAAUAUGAGUUCUGACAGAACAUGCAACAUUGGGUUAUCUGUAUGCCAUGUAAAGGUAUACUGCAAUAAAUGGCAUUUUGGCAAGAA